AUGGUGGCCGUUAAUAAUUCAAAUCGCGAUGAUUGUGUGCGUUGCUACAAACCUAUGGUUGAUGAUUCUAUUCAGAAAGAAGGUUUUUCUGAUGAUUCUCCGGCUGAAGAAAAUAUCACACAACAUCCAUCUCCCGAUUGUAGCUUAAAUCAUCUAGAUUUUGAUUGUGAUAACCAUUUCUGUCCCUGGUUUGUUGAUAAAGAUAUUUUACCUCUACCGUCAGUUGAUUCCAAUAUCACCGACUUAGCACAUACCCCUCAAGAAAACACGCCUCUCUUCUUACUCAGAAGCAACACCACAAGCUUCUAG